AUGGCUGAUUUACAUGGUAGCUUCUUCAAACAAAUAGAGAACAAUUUCGGACAUGACACUGCGCGAGCUUACAAGGAUUACGCUACAAACAAUAUCAAGCUUGCUAACAUGAGUGUGAGAAAAGACUUCUUGCUAAAUUGUCGAAGAAACGGAAUUUUUCCGGCUCACAUCAUCAAUACACUAAAGUGCAUAUAUCCCCUACUGGAAGAAGGUAGUCCUUACAUUCCCAAGUUGGACAGACUCGUCGGCCGCUUCAAAAAAGCGUUGCUCAAUAUAGAGAUUCAGCAUACAUUCCACAAAAUCUCUAAACUAAAACACAGCUUGGUACAUGCUAAACAAGUUAUAGAGAACAACUCCUCAUCAGCACUAUCGACGGAGUUCGUACAGACACAACAAACGGCUUUUACAUCCAGAAAAGCAACAGCUGAAAGUACUACACGCUCCAAACUAAACCGACUGCUUGCCGCUGAACCAACAAAUAGCGCACAGUUGCCGAAACGGAAUGAAAAAGCAGUUUUCAAUUCCACCACCGUAACACUCCCCGUAGAAGUUCAAACGCUUCUCAGCAUGGGUCCAAAAUUCGCACUUCCAAUACACCGUUUACAACCAAACACAGUCUACCAUCUGAUCGCAGAUAUUGAAUCUGUCCUCCGAACCAAUCCUGACAAAGCCAUACAAGAUAGAAACAGAUGUCUCAUCGGUACACGGGUACAAAAUUUCCUGACCCGCACACACCUUCAAGAAGCAAAAACACCACUCGAGCGGUUCUGCGGAAGUGCCACUUUCUCCAUGAAGAAAUUCCUAGCCGAACACCCGGAGAUUUGCAUCGUCGAAUCCGACAAAGGAAAGAAGAUGGUAGUAAUGCUCCGCCAAGACUACGACACAAAGAUGCUUGACCUUCUCAACGAACCAAACACGUACAAAAUAUUAAAAACAGACCCGACCAGCCGCAUCCAAAACACCGUCAAUAACAUGGUUAAACGAAUAGCACACCUUGGACUUAUUGAUCAACACACCGUAAGAACACUACAAACACAUACAGCUACCUGUCCUCGCAUAUACGGUCAACCCAAAGCACACAAGCCAAACUUGCCGUUACGUCCGGUCGUCCCCACCAUCACAGCUCCAACAUACAACCUGUCGAAAUUCAUCGCCAAAAUACUUCAACAAACGUUUACCAGCCAAUACAACGUUGCUGACAGUUUCACUUUCGCCAACUUUAUCAACCAGACCACCAUUCCACCCGAUCACAUACUUGUCUCCUUUGAUGUCGUAUCCCUUUUCACCAACAUUCCUAAUGAAUUAGUCAGGCGCAGCAUCAUAUUCCGUUGGACGGAAAUCAAACAGGGAACAAACAUUAACCUGGAUUUGUUCCUAGAAAUGGUGGAACUUUGCAUGGAUAGUAGUUAUUUCCGCUUUAGAGAUAAAUAUUAUCAGCAAACGUUUGGCACCGCCAUGGGUAGCCCAUUAUCACCAAUUUUGGCCGACUACAUCACCGAAGAUCUGCUAGAAACUGUCGUCAAGAAUUCUGAUCUCAACAUACCCAUUGUUAAAAAGUAUGUUGAUGAUUUAUUCCUCGUGUUACCAAGAACAGAGGUACAAAAUGUUCUGGACACCUUCAACCAAUACAACGCACACCUGCAGUUCACCGUUGAAAAGGAGAUUGAUGGAUCGUUACCCUUCCUGGACACUCUAGCCGAAUACUAA